AAUCUGUCAAAUGUGAACUUGUCAAAUCAAAUGUUUUGAAUUUCUCAUUUCUUGGCUGAUUUUCCUUUUCUUCUUUUCCUGAAGUUCUUUGACCGCUAUUUUACAAGGGAUGAAAAGGAAAUAAUUAGUGAAACUAAUUAGUAAUUCAUUGUCAACAUAUUAACAUAGAAGGCACUCUUAGCAAGAUGUCCCUGGAACAGACUGCUUGUGAUGACCUGAAAGCGUUCGAGCGGCGGCUCACGGAGGUGAUCGCGUGUCUGCAGCCCGCCACCAUGCGCUGGAGAAUUUUGCUAGCAGUGGUGUCUGUGUGUACAGCCAUCGCGGCCUGGCACUGGCUGACCGACCCACUCACACCGGUUGUGUCUCUAACACAAUCACUGUGGAAUCACCCCUUCUUCGCUUUCACAUCCAUGUUUCUGGUGCUACUAUUCAUGAGCGGUGUACAUCGCAAGGUGAUAGCACCGAGCAUUGUGACAGCACGGACCAGGUCGGUGCUGAACGACUUCAACAUGUCCUGCGAUGAAACCGGCAAGCUCAUACUGAAGCCGCGACCAGCCCACAACUAGUCACUGAAGACUUUGUGGCUUAUGUUAUUCUGCUAUUGUUGAAUCAGUGAAGGUACAAUUUGGAAGUGGACGGCAUGAGGUUGCAGAAGAUGACUUUUUCUAUGUCACUACUAGAAUAGUUUCUAUUGAUGAGUGAGAUGUCGCUGACUGCCAAAUGAAUCCCAUGAAUAGAAUGUAUUCUGCGUCAAACCCAAGUAAUAAAAAUUAAAUAGAGGCAUCAAAUGACAAACAGGAUUUAGCAAUAGCAGGAUAACUACACCGGUCCACCAACGACUAGUGAUCACCCAGUGUUCCUGUACAUAUUAUUUUUUAAGAAUAAAUUAUGUGACUUUUUUGGUAAGUU